AUGUCAGACAAGUCUGACCCGCCCCCUGCCACCCAGGGCUCGUCUUCAUCAUCACCAUCAUCAUCAUCAUCGCUGACUACAAAGGAAGACCUCACCUUAGAAAAAGGCUACUCCCAUCACGAAGUCCCGGUUCUCCAGCGUCACUUGUUGACCCCGUUAUUGUCCAAGAAAAUCCCCCCGGUAUCAGACGACAAAGUACCAUGGCCUCGUACCCCAAAGAAAAUCAUCCAGUACAUCUUCUUUUGGUGGAUGAUCCCAUUAAUGAAAAUCGGUUACAAAAGAACCCUCCAAAACGAAGAUUUAUGGCAACUCGACCACAAAAUGACCGUCGAACAGCUUUAUUCCAAAUUCAAAGGCCAUCUUGACAGAGCAGUGGCUAAAAACCGCGCCAAAGCCUUGGCUGCAAACCCUGAUCUUACUGAAGACGAACUUCGCGAAGCAGGGUUCUCAACUUGGACCAUCCAUUGGGCAUUGUUCUUGACCUUGCGAUUCCGUUACAUCCAAGGGCUAUUAUUCAAAGCUUUGUUCGAUAUUUCCUCCACCCUCACUCCGUUGCUCACUAAAGCACUCAUCAAUUUCGUCGAAACUAAAACAUUGUUCCCUUCCACUCCCGUCAACAAAGGGAUCGGGUACGCCAUCGGUACCGCGUUUAUUGUGCUAUUUUCCGGGGUUUGCAUCAACCAUUUCUUUCACAACUCCAUGACUUGUGGGGUCCAAGUGAAAUCCAUCCUUACAAAAUUAUUGUUAGAAAAAUCGUUCAAAUUGGACGGCAAGUCCCGUCAAAAGUUUUCUACUGGGAAAAUCACCUCGAUGAUGGGCACCGAUUUGGCAAGAAUCGAUUUUGCCGUUGGGUUCCAGCCGUUUUUAAUUGGCUUCCCCAUCCCGGUGAUCAUCGUCGUGGUGUUGUUGAUCGUUAACAUUGGGGUGUCGGCCCUUGUGGGGAUCGCCAUCUUUUUGAUCGCUGGGGCGCUUAUCGGUGCUGGGUCCAAAAAACUCGUCGGGUUCCGUAAAAGUGCCGCGAAAUUCACCGAUAACAGAGUCUCUCUCGUUCGUGAAGUCCUUAGCUCGAUUAAAAUGAUCAAAUAUUACGGCUGGGAAAUCCCAUAUUACAACAAUAUCAAAGAAAUCCGGAAAAAUGAAAUGAAUUUUGUCUUCCGGUUGCAAUUCGUUAGAGUCAUCUUCACCGCCGUUGCCGUUUGCUUGCCUACCAUUUGUUCAAUGGUGUCAUUCUUAGUGUUGCACGCCAUCAAACCAAAAAUGUCGCCUGGUGAUAUCUUUGCCUCGUUAUCAUUAUUUUCCAGUUUGUCUCAACAAGUGAUGUUCGUCCCAAUGGCCCUUGCCACCUCGAUCGAUGCCCAUUUGUCUUUGAAAAGAGUCACCGAGUUGAUGAAAUGUGACGAAGAAAAACCAUUAGAUAAAGCCGAAGAGGAACAUGACAGACUCGAAUCUGGUUUGGUCUUGGAUCGCGAACAAUAUGCUGUGCAAAUGAAAAACGCCGAAUUUAAAUGGGCCGCAGUGAUCAAGGAUGAUGAUGAAAAAGACGCAACUGACGAUAAAAACAAGAAAAAUAGCAACAGUGAACUCUCCCAAUCAGUUACCAAUAACCAUGAUCAAUUGUCCCGGACCCUUACUUCGAAAUCCGGUAUUACCGUGGAAGUCCCCGUCGUUGAUCCAUCGUCGUUUACCGGGCUUCAUGACAUUGAUCUCUCUAUCAAGCACGGUGAAUUCAUCAUUGUUACAGGACCAAUCGGUUCCGGGAAAUCCUCUCUUUUAUCCGCCAUUGCCAGAUUCAUGCCUAAGCAAUCUGGUGCCCUCGAAAUUAAUGAUUCAUUAUUGCUCUGUGGUUACCCUUGGGUGCAAAACGCUACCGUCAAGGAUAAUAUCGUGUUUGGUCUUCCAUACGAUGAGGCUAGAUAUAAAAAAGUUAUCCACGUCUGUUCCCUCGAAGCCGAUUUGGCGAUCUUGCCAGGUGGCGAUGAAACCGAAGUCGGCGAGCGUGGUAUCACCUUAUCUGGGGGUCAAAAGGCCCGGAUCAAUUUGGCCAGAGCGGUAUAUGGUGAUAAAAACAUUGUGUUGUUAGAUGAUGUGUUAUCUGCUGUCGAUGCUAAAGUCGGGCGUCAUAUCAUGGAGAAAUGUAUUAUGGAAUUCUUGGGGGAUAAGACCCGUGUUUUGGCCACCCAUCAAUUAAGUUUGGUCAACUAUGCCGACAGAGUGGUGUAUUUGGACGGUAGUGGACGCAUCGAUGUCGGUACCGUCGAAGAAUUGCGUGCCAGAUGUGAAGGAUUCCAAAAAUUGAUGGAAUUCUCGGCAGCCACAGAAGAAGACGAACAAGACGACCAAGCAAAUAUCGAUAUUGAUAACAAGGAUGAAGAAGAAGUGAUUGGACAAACCAAUGAAGCGUCUGAAAAAUCCGAGGAAUCUUACAAUUAUCAGCACAAGAAUGGAGAUGGGAAACUUAUCAAAGAAGAAGAUCGGGCCGUCAACAGAAUCUCUUUCCAAGUCUACAAGAAUUACCUUCGCUUAGGGCUUGGUCGCUUUGCCAUUCCUUUACUCAUUUUGUUCUUUCUCAUCGCUGCUAGUGCCACCUUCUGUCAAAUCUUCACCAACACCUGGCUUUCGUUCUGGACCGACCAAAAGUUCAAAGGGAAACAUAGUAACUGGUACAUUGGGCUCUACGUGAUGUUUUGCUUGAUGUCGGUGAUUUUGGUGCUUUUGGAAUUUCUGUUUAUUUGUUAUGUCGCCAACAAGUGUGCCAGAGAACUCAACAUUAAAGCCCUUAGAAAUGUGUUGUACACCCCAAUGUCGUUCUUGGAUACCACUCCAAUGGGGAGAAUCUUGAACCGUUUCACCAAAGAUACCGACUCUCUUGAUAAUGAAAUCGGUGAUCAAUUGCGUAUUUUUGUGUUCCCAUUAUCGGUGGUCAUCGGGGUGUUGAUCCUUUGUAUCAUUUACCUUCCAUGGAUCGCCAUUGCCAUCGUCCCUCUCGGGUUGAUUUAUGUUUCCGUCACGUCGUUCUACCAAGCUUCGGCCCGUGAAGUCAAACGUCUUGAAGCCAUCAACCGUUCUUUUGUUUACAACAACUUCAACGAAUGUUUAUCAGGGGUCGCCACCAUCAAAGCGUACCAGCUGCAAGACCAAUUCCUCGCCAGAAAUGAUGAGUAUCUCAACCAAAUGAACAAGGCCAGUUAUGUCAAUGUGGCGCUUCAACGGUUCCUUUCUGUGCAAUUCGAUUCCGUCGCCGUGGUGUUCAUCUUGGUGAUUGGUUUGCUUUGUGUCACUCGUCAAUUCAACAUCAGUGCCUCAUCCACCGGGUUGCUUCUUUCUUAUGUUUUACAAAUCGUGGGUUUAUUAUCAUUGUUGAUCCGAUCUUUAACUCAAGUGGAAAACGAAAUGAAUAGUGCCGAAAGAUUAAUCUUUUACGCUUACGAAUUGCCUCAAGAAGCCCCGUACCAAAUCGAAGCUACCAAACCGGCAGAAUCAUGGCCUGAACACGGGGAAAUCAAGUUUGAAAAUGCCAGUUUACGUUACCGUGAUGGUUUACCAUUGGUGCUCAAGAAUUUGAACAUCACCGUGAACGCUGGUGAGAAAAUCGGGAUUUGUGGGCGUACCGGGGCAGGGAAAUCCACUAUCAUGACCGCGCUUUAUCGUCUUUCAGAAUUGGCCGAGGGGAAAAUCACCAUUGACGGGCACGAUAUUUCGAAAUUGGGGAUGUUUGACUUACGUUCUAAGUUGUGUAUUAUCCCACAAGACCCGGUGUUGUUCAAAGGGAGUAUCCGAAAGAAUUUGGAUCCGUUUGAAUUGAGCGAUGACAACAGUCUUUGGGAUGCAUUAAGAAGAGCAGGAUUAAUUGAACAAGAUGUGUUGAAGACUGUCAAAGUCCAAAAACUCGAUGCUGCGUUGGGGGAUUCUGGGUUAGAAAAUCUUCAUAAAUUCCACUUGGAUCAACAAGUCGAAGAAGAAGGUGCCAAUUUCUCGCUUGGGGAACGUCAACUUAUCGCGCUUGCCCGUGCGUUGGUCCGUAACUCCAAGAUUUUGAUCCUUGAUGAAGCCACUUCCAGUGUCGAUUACGAAACCGAUGCCAAUAUUAACAAGACCAUCAGAACGGAAUUUGCCGAUUGCACGAUCUUGUGUAUUGCCCAUAGAUUGAAUACCAUUGUGAAAUUCGACCGGAUCUUGGUGAUGGAUAAAGGUGAAGUUGCAGAGUUUGGGGAACCAGAGAAAUUGUACGAUGAUAAUGGGAUCUUCAGGGAAAUGUGUGAAAGAUCUGCUAUCGUUAGAGCGGAUUUUAUUAAGGAUUGA